GACAGAUUUUCUUGAAAAGUUGAACUGUACCAGAUAACCUUAAAGGAAAACCCUUUGUGGGCGAAAACGGACCAUGCCAGUCAUCAAAUUGCAGUCCUCCGAUGGCGAAAUUUUCGAGACCGACAUCGAGACUGCCAAGUGCUCGAGCACCAUUAAGACCCUAUUGGAGGAUUGUCCAGUGGAAGCGGAGAACGACACUCUUAUCCCGCUGCCCAAUGUGAACUCGACGAUCCUGAAGAAGGUCCUCAUUUGGGCCAAGCAUCAUCGCGAGGACAUUGCAGAGGAGAACGAAGAGGAAGCGGCCAAGUCCGUCGCUGUGCAGAUCACCCCCUGGGACGCCGAGUUCCUGUCCAUGGAUCAGGGCACGCUCUUCGAACUCAUCUUGGCGGCCAACUACCUGGACAUUCCCAAUCUGCUGAACGCCGCCUGCAUGACGGUGGCCAACAUGAUUAAAGGCCGCACGACGGAGGAGAUUCGCCAGACCUUUCACAUAACCAACGAUUUCUCGCCCUCCGAGGAGGAUUUGAUGACGAUGGAGUCGGAAGUCCCGCAGGAGGACGAGGCGAUAGAGUACGGCGAAAUUAUAUAAAUUCGAAGUGAACAUUUUCGAAGGAUUGAUGCCUGUUCCGGAUUAGAAUGUAACUCGACAUCCUUACCUAUGCUCACAAAAUAUCACAUAAAUAUCCUUCAUAUGU